AUGCCACCUAAGAAAGAGUUCUAUUGCGACUGUCGACAGUACUGCCGAAGCCAGAGGCGCCAAGUUUCGCGGACGACGUACUACAACCACGCCCACUACCGUAACCUGCCACUCCUACAGGCCUUGCGACUUGCACUCGGGGCCAGUGAUUCGGCGGAACCGACAGGAAUUCAGUUCACGCACACGCGUAGCACCAAGCGCCACAGGACACAGAGGCGGGGGCAACAACGCGUCGCAGGCUCGUCUUCCUCUGCCGGUACACACGCAGGCGCAGAUCUACAGGGGGCUAGCGGUAACGCCGAGCUGGAGCCACCAGGGUCUCAGCCAGUCCAGGCCGACCCCCGUGAAUACAUCCCACAGCCUCCCGUGGGCACUGAACACUCGUCAGUCGAGGAGCCCGAAUCGGGGACGCAUGGCGCGGCAGGGUCGCUCCCUAAGCCGACCUCGGAGGAGCCCAAACAUGCAACGGCGGUCAUCGAGCGGAUGCGUCACCCGAGGCGGCACGGAGACCUUCCGGACCUCACACCACCUGAACGCUCUCAGCAACUUGCGCUCUGGCUCUCCAACUCGCUCCCGUUCUCGCUCUCACUCUCGCUCUCAGUCGCUCUUGUAUUCCUCUCCCGACAACCUCACAUCUCUGGUACGACUACGGACCCCCGCGCAUCGCCCAACCUUGGGAAUAUCUACUUCCGCCCAACAUUCCCCUGCCAUACCCGCCUUCCCAGCAAUUUUCUUCCUCUCUGGACUAUCGCACUCAUUACCCAACUCUCUCACCAACAUAUGGGACAUGGACUUCCGCACCGGACCCGGGUGGCCCGCACGCCACUGUGGCGUUCAUCGAACUCGCAGUACGACUUCAACGCGUCGAACAAGAGCUUCCGGAGCUUCGGCACGUAUCCUUCCAGCACCUGUCUCGCUGCUAUUCCCGUUCUGACCAAGUCCGUCUAGCCGCCAAUUAGCAGAGCUCCAAUACCGCUUGAACAAUUUAAAGUAAGCCCUAGCGUUGUUUGAAGCACGUACGCAUCUUCUUGCGAGCGUGGCCCAGCUGUGUGCCACGAUCUGCGAUCCGACCGAUAGGACGUGAGUACUAGUUGGGCACCCAUUCGCUUAUGCGCCCUUGCGUACGCGCACUCAAGGUAUCAUUCGGCGAUCACUGGCUGCUGGAAGUCAAGGCUGCCCUCAGGAGGAUAUGGAGGCUACGCACGUCAUGUAUUUGUAUGAUGAAGCUCGCUCAAUAAAGAGUAUCACAGCACGCACAGGCGCAACAGCUUACAGAGGCGCUCUACCAGAACGGGGGAGCUGGCUCUACAGGCCCGCCCGCACACUCGGGACACCAAGAUGCGCCCGUCAUCACCGCCCAAUGUUUCUCCAUGACAAUACGCUCCGGCCGGAACGCAGACGCAGCGAGCGGGAACACCCCUCCCACACGCUCCGAUAUGAGUCCCGAGAGGUCCUCCCUCCCCGGCGGCAAUAGCACCCUCGGAAUGACGAGUGUGCGCAAGCCAUGGCGCUCCAGAGGGAGGGCGACCCCCACGAGAGCCUUUUCGCCCAUCAUCAUAGGGGAGAGAUGGAGCAAGCGGAGUCGCGGACAGUUGCGAGCAUAAUGCGCGAUCCCCAUGAGCGGACCUCCGUAAGGACGUUCUGCGUGCUUGA